AUGACUGAGCUACUUACAACUCAAGAUCAUGUCCUAUUAUUCAUAAAAAGAGAUUCAACAGCCUCUUUUAUAAGUGGUGGUUUAGCAGGUGCAAUUUCAAGAACUGUUGUAUCACCUUUUGAAAGAGCUAAAAUUCUUUUCCAAGUUCAAGGUCCUGGUCAAGCUAAUUAUAAUGGGAUGUUUAAGACAAUAUGGCAAAUGUGGAAAGAUGAAGGUACAAAAGGUUUAUUUCGUGGUAAUGCUCUUAAUUGUAUAAGAAUUUUCCCUUAUAGUGCAGUACAAUUUUAUGUUUAUCAAAAAUUAAAAUUUCAAUUUUUACAAAAUUCAAAUAAUAAAGAAUUAGGAAAUUUUCAAAGAUUAUUUUCAGGUGGUAUUGCAGGUACUUUAUCAGUUGCUGUUACUUAUCCUUUAGAUCUUGUAAGAACAAGAUUAUCAAUUCAAACUGCAAAUUUAUCAAAAUUAUCAAAAUCAAAAGCUGAAAAUUUAAUUAAACCUCCAGGUUUUUGGGAAUUAUUGAAAAAUAUUUAUAAAAAUGAAGGUGGAUUUUGGUCAUUAUAUAGAGGUAUUUGGCCAACAACUUUAGGUGUUGCACCUUAUGUUGCAAUAAAUUUUGCAGUUUAUGAACAAUUAAAAGAAUUAGUACCAAAUUCUUCAGCAACAACAAAAUUAUUUUUAGGUGCUAUAGCAGGUGGUGUUGCACAAACUUUAACUUAUCCUUUUGAUUUAUUAAGAAGAAGAUUUCAAGUUUUAACAAUGGGACAAAAUGAAUUAGGUUUCAAAUAUAAAUCUGUUAGUGAUGCUUUAAUUACAAUUUUUAAAACUGAAGGAUUUUUCGGUGCUUAUAAAGGAUUAACUGCAAACUUGUUCAAAGUGAUACCUUCCAUGGCUGUGAGUUGGUGGAGUUAUGAAUUAAUUAAAACAGCUUUAAUAGAAUUGUAA